GGCGGGGCCACAGGCUGGGCCGUGGAGUUACUGGACGCGGCGCACGAGGACCGGUGCCCGCGGUCGGCGUCUGGCCUCGCCAUGGUCCGGCUGCCUCUGCAGUGCGUGCUCUGGGGCUGCCUCUGGACCUCCGUGUACCCCGAGCCACCCACUGAAUGCGGAGAAAACCAGUACCUUCUGAACAAUCAGUGCUGCGAUAAGUGCCGACCAGGAGAGAAGCUGGUGAACGACUGCACCCAGCUCACCGACACCCAGUGCCUGCCUUGCAGUAAGGGCGAGUUCUCCGACACCUGGAACAGAGACAGACGCUGUCACGAGCACAGAUACUGCGACCCCAAUCUCGGGCUCCGGGUCAAGAGAGAGGGCAGCACAGAAGCAGACACCCUCUGCGCCUGCCAGGAGGGCCGGCACUGCGCCGGUGGCGCCUGCGAGAGCUGUGCCCUACACACCCCGUGUGGCCCUGGGCUUGGGGUCAAGCAGCUUGGUACAGGGACUUCUGACACCAUCUGUGAACCCUGCCCCGUCGGCUUCUUCUCCAAUGUGUCAUCUGCUUUUGAAAAGUGUCACCCCUGGACCAGCUGUGAGACCAAAGACCUGGUGGAGCGCCAGCCAGGGACCAACGUGACUGAUGCUAUCUGUGGUUUCCAGAGUCGGACGAGAGCCCUGGUGGUGAUCCCCGUCGUCGGGGUCCUCCUGCUGGCCAUCUUCCUGGUGUCGCUGUACAUCCGUGAGUCCCCAGGGAAAGUGCUCAAGAAGCCGAAGGACAAGGCCGUCCAUCUUCCUAAGGCUCAGGGGCAAGAUCCUGUGGAGAUUGUUUUUCUGGAUGAUGUUGCUCCAUCUCCUGCGGCUCCAGUGCAGGAGACCUUACAUGGCUGCCAGCCGGUCACCCAGGAGGAUGGCAAGGAGAGCCGCGUGGCCGUGCAGGAGAGGCAGUGAGGCUGUGCCUGCUUGGGACGCGGCUGCACGGGUCCAGGACACCUGGCCGAGAACCGGGAGCUGCUGCAGUGGUGACAGCGUGGGGCCAAGGGGACGAUGCCGACCAGGCACAGCCCCUUCGGCCUCCACCUCUGCACUCAGAGGAGCCCACGGCACCUUCAGGGACUCCUGCUGCACACCUGGGCUCCUCCAGUUGUUUUUGGAGAUGGAGGGAGAACUCUGGGGGCCCAAGGGGAGAUGGUGACACCCACCAAGCCUCCAGCCCAGCGGAGCAGCCUGGCACCCAGAGACGUGUCGUGUGGCUUCCACGCGCCCAGGAGGCUUAUACACGUGUCUUCCGUUGCCGCUUUUUUUUUGUAUGUGGUUGUGAAUGACUGGAGACCAUUUCCCUGUCCAUCAGCAGGGACUGGUAAAUAAAAUGGCACUGUAUUUAUACAACAGGGUCUCCAAAACACGGUCCGAUGAAGAGACAAAAGAGGUUGUGGGAGGAUAGACACAAAGAGCUUUUCAGUGGACACACCUGGAACAACAGGAUACGCAACAGAGUGCAGUCAUGCAGACACUGCACCUACUGUGUGUGCAACAGACAGCAUCAAGAUCCAGGAGGAGACUGGGAGUCAUAGAUACAGUAUGCAUCAUAUCUGUAGGUAGAACCAGGGUUCUGGAAGGACACCCAGAAACCCAAACUCACAGACCUGGUCAUGUUUGCGCUGGGGAAGGUUUGGCUCUCCCCUGAUGCUUCUUUUUUUUUUUUUCCAAAAGGAGAAUGAGUUCACAUAAUGCUUAUGUAAUUAAAAAACCCAUCAAACACGUAAAAAGAAAAACGGGGGUGGACAUGCCGGGUGACAGGAGCUGUUUAAUUUGCUGCCAGGCUCACAGAAUGAGGGCAUUUUCAGAGGAUAAGUAAGAAUGUCCCCAGGCUGCUGCCGCUCCAGGGUAGGUUCCGAGUGUGCUUGCGUUUGGCAUCCAAGUUUGCAAGAUGUUCUUCCCAUUUGAUUCAUGGUCCCAAACAAAACAACAAAACAGAAGCCUUUGGAGGCCAGGAGGGUCUGCCUCCCUCCUCUUUCAGAGAUGGAAACAGAGGCCCAGAGAGGUGCAGUCAUUUGCCCCCCCCCUUGGUCCAGAGCUUCCCCCAGCUCUGCCUGCUCUCUGCAACUACCUCUGUAGCUCCUUCCAGGGAGGUCCUGGGUCUCCCGUCACAGGAGCUGCUGUCUCUAGGUCAGAUGGUGCCCCUUCCUCCCCAGCAGUAUCUCAGGAUAAAAAUAAACCUUCCUGUUCUCUUU